GAGAGAGAGAGAGAGAGAGAGAGAGAGAGAGAGAGAGAGAGAGAGAGAGAGAGAGAGAGGGAGAGAGAGAGAGAGAGAGAGAGAUGGCGCAGAGGCAGUUGACACCGAAUUGUAUUGCGGAAAUACUGGCAAGAGGACAGUUAGAGAUUCAUCCUAUAGUCCAGGUUCUUGAUGUGAAGCGGAUUGGAUCGGCAGGCGCAACUCAAGAGCGUUUUCGGUUAGCUGUCUCAGAUGGCACUCAUAUUCAGCAGGCCAUGAUAGCGACGCAAAUGAACGAAAAAGUCAGGUCUGGAGAGCUUGGGCCUGGAUCAAUUCUCGAAUUGCAGGAGUACAUUUGUAAUAUCGUCCAGAGUCGCCAGAUCAUCAUCGUUCUGCAGUUUGAGAUUAUCGGAUACGAGCAAGACCAGAUUGGUUGCCCGGUUCCUAUUUCUGAUGGAUUAAGGGGAGGUUCGAGUCAGCAGCAGCUGCUGCCACCUCCUGGAAGUGCUCAAGAUACAGAGAGUUCUGGUGAUUUUGAGUCGAGUGCACAACCGCCACAGGAACCGAGAUCUGGACCAAUUAGACCGGGCGGAGAGGGACAGGCAAGGGAUGGGAACAUGACGAUGAUGCCACCUGCAAGACAUGCAGACGGUCCAGAGGUCAUGGCAGCCAGGGGCAGGGGAAGCAGUGGAACCCCUGGCCCAGGGAGUGUGUGCAAGCAAGAACCGCCAUCGAGCGCAGGUAGCUAUGGAACGAGUCGCCAGGCGUACACCAGUGAGCCUCAGCAUCCGUACGGGCGGAUGGGAGAUGGAGGAACAGCAAUGCCGCCACCGUUGUAUAGUCGAUCGGGUCCAGUUGCGAAGAAUGAAGCUGCUCCGCGCAUCAUCCCGAUCGCAGCGUUGAGUCCGUAUCAAGGACGGUGGACAAUCAAGGCAAGGGUGGGCGCAAAGCAGGAAAAGCGAUCCUAUAGCAAUGCGAGAGGCACUGGGUGCGUUUUCAGCUUUGACCUCCUCGAUACCAGCGGGGAGAUACGCGUCACGUGUUUCAACCAGGUUGCCGAAAGGUUUUACGAAAAGAUCGAGGUUGGUAGAGUGUACUACGUGUCCAAGGGAUCGCUGAAACCUGCGCAGAAGUCGUUUAAUCACCUCAACCAUGACUGGGAGAUUCUUCUCGAGAACUCCUCGACCAUCGAUCUUGUGGAAGAUGUAGAAUCUGCUAUACCUCUGCACAGAUUUGAUUUUAAGAUGAUCUCCCAUCUGGAAAAUAUAGAGAACAAUGCAAUGGUGGAUCUUAUUGGUCUUGUCACGGCCGUGCAUCCAACGCAACCGAUCUUGCGCAAAAAUGGCGUGGAAACCCAGAAAAGGGUGAUAACACUGCAGGACCGAUCUAAUAGGAGUGUGGAGCUUACCCUCUGGGGAGGGUUCUGCAUGAAAGAAGGUCAAGAGUUGCAGGACCUUUUAGACAGAGGAGGACCCCCGCCUGUCCUUGCAGUUAAGGCGGGUCGCGUGAACGAGUUCAGUGGUAAGUCGGUCGGGACCAUUUCUAGCACGUUGUUGCUCAUCGACCCCGAUAUCUCGGAGGCGGCGCAACUCAAGGGUUGGGCUGCACAAUCUGGCCGCAUCACGCCUGCUGUAUCGAUGUCGAGAGAAUCGGGCGGGGGGGGGGGAUUGGGCCGGAUGGACGCUCGGAAAACGAUUUCACAGAUCAAGGAUGAAGGUCUUGGAACAAGUGGACGGACCGAUUGGAUCACUCUUCGAGCGACAAUAGCAUUUAUUAAACAAGAAGCCUUUGCGUAUCAGGCGUGCCCGGAGCAGACUGGGGAUCGGACAUGUGGCAAGAAGGUGAUGGAAACAGGUGAUGGGCGCUACAGAUGUGAGAAGUGUGAUAAGUCCGUCCCAAACUGCGAGUACAGGUACAAGCUGAACUUUGAAGUGCAAGACCACACGGGCAAGACGUGGCUGACGGCGUUUCAAGACACGGGUGUUGCCGUCCUGUUAGAUACGACUGCACAGGAAAUGUGGGAGUGGAAGGAGAUGCAGGACCCCAGGUUUCAGCAGACAUUUACAGCGAGCUUGUUCCGCAAGCUCCUGUUCAAGGUGAAAGUGAAGGAGGAAACAUACAAUGACGAAACACGGGUCAAAUUGACAGUCGUGAAAGCCGAAAAAGUGAACUACGUGGAGGAGACCAGGGUCCUUGGAGACAUGAUACGAAGGAUGCAGGCAGGGCUUCCGAUGGACGGUGGGGUGGCGAAAGGGCAACCAACUCAACAGUCACAGCAAACGCAACAAGCACAACAAGCACAACAAACACAGGGUUAUGGAUCGGGGGCAGGAUCGUAUGGUGGAUCUAUGGGAGGAGGCGGGGGUGGCGGGUAUGGAGGAGGUGGAGGUGGUGGCUACGGGGGAGGUGGAAGACAGGGAGGUGGAGGAGGAGGAGGAGAGCAUGUAGGAGGAAGAGGUAAUGCUGCAGGGGACUGGGCCAGGUCAAGCUCUGGUAGCAUGGGAAGCGAAGGAGGGUAUGCAACCAGCAGGGGAGGUGGUGGCUAUGGUGCUGAAAACAAUGGAUAUAGUGGUGGUGGUAGUUGGAGAGAAGAUCCGGUAUGCUAUAAGUGUGAGAAGCCAGGCCAUGAACCAAGGGAUUGCCCCUCCUGGGGUCAAGGAGGCAACAGGGCAGUGGCUGGUGGGCCUGGAGGGUACCAGAGCAGCAGUGGAAGGAGCUCGACAGAAGGUCAGAAUUGCUUCAAGUGCCAACAACCUGGCCACUGGGCCAAGGAAUGCCCUAAUUCUGGUGGAGGUGGGGGUUAUGAGGGUGGAGGAGAUUAUCGUGGGGGGGGGAUGGCCAGCAGGGGCAGAGGGAGCUACGGUUAUGCAUGAGCCAAUCAAGGUCAACAUUGUGGGUAUGUAGAUCAACAAGCCAAGCCAAACAAACCUCGUCUUGUCUGAGAGAUGACGAUGGGGAUCGAGCAAUGGCGAUGGUUCUGUGCCACCCAUCGUUGGAGCCAGAGAGCCCAUCAAUGUCGUUCGAACUCGCUGCAGUGGGUGUGAGAAGCUGGGCCAUGAACCAAGGGAUUGCCCCUCCUGGGGUCAAGAGGCAACAGGGCAGUUGCAGGUUGGCAUGGAGGGUACCAGAGCAGCAGUGGAAGACUUCCAAGUGCCACCACCCUGGUCACCGGCACAAGAAUGUCCUGAUUUUGGUGCAGCUGGGGGUUAUGGGGCGAGAGGAGAUUAUCGUGUUGGGGGCAGAGGGGGUACGGUUGUGGAUGAGCCAAUUAAGUGCAACAAGAUUGUGGUUAUGUAGACGAACAAGCCAAGCCGAACAAACCUUGUCUGAGAGACGAGGAUGGUGAUGGUACGAUGGCAAUGGUUUUCUGCCCGCUCGAGCCAGAAACUCGUGGAUGUCGUCAUUCCAACUGGCUGGAUUUGCUCUUUCGGCUCGUGUCAUUGCUCGUGGACUUGUGGACAUUUGGGGAUUACAGUUUGCUGUUUUUAGGCGAGGAAUUUGGAGGUGUACAGCGCACAAGUGGGGAGCGGAGGGGAGAGUAGAAUUUUAAUUCUCGAUUUUGAAUCCCAAUUUUGAAUCACAAACUCAUGAUCUGAUCAUGAGAUAGUCACUGUGGUUUCUUACGACGGCUCCUGACCCCACACUCGAUGGGAUUCGGAUUCGAAUGCCGAGCUCCUUCAUCCGCGCCUGCAGGCCUGGGCACAAUGGAUAGUGUGGUAGCCCCAUUACUGGGCAAGCGUGCAAUUCGGCCAGGCCCGGCCAGGUGUGCCAUGGGAGGGACAGAACUGUAAUUAGACAACUGCAACGCCUGGGGAGCAUUAGCUUCUUGUUU